AGCAGCUUGUGCAUCCCCCAGAGCCUGGACACGCAGGGAGGUGGCCAGGGGCAUCUGCCAAGCAGAGUGGACCCUGUACGGAGACCCAGUGUGGGAAGACAUGCAGGAGCCCAAGUUCACAGCUGCUGUGGCAGGCGACGGAGCCAUGAAUGAGAGCCAGGAGGGGGUUCCCCGCCUGGAUGGGAUCGGGCCAGAGAGCGAGGAGGGGGUACCCCAGACAGAUGGAGCCAUGAGUGAGAGCAAGGAGGGGGCUCCCUGCCUGGAUGGGAUCGGGACGGAGAGCCAGGAGGGGGCUGAGACAGUGGAGCCGCAGGGGGACGCUUGCUGGAGCGAACAGCAGACUGAGGGGCAGCAGGGCACCAGGCGCUUCGAGGUGGGACCAACAAUCUGUGCCGAGUGCGGGGAGAGCUUUGGGGAUGACGUGGCCCUGCUGGCCCACCGGGGGGCGCCCUGCAGUGAUGCGGUGGCGAAGCCGUUUGGCUGUUCCGGCUGUGGGCGGCGGUUCAGCCGCAGCUCCAACCUGCUGCGCCACCAGCGGGUGCACACGGGCGAGCGCCCCUUCACCUGUGCUGACUGCGGCCGGUGCUUCAGCCAGAGUGCCCAUCUGGCCAAGCACCGGCGCCUCCAUGGCACCGCAGGGCUCCCCACCCCGCCAGCGGAGCGCAGCUACAGCCGCAGCCCCGAGUUCCUGCGGUUCCAGCGGGCCCACGCCGGGCAGCGCCCCUUUGCCUGCCCCGACUGCGGCAAGCGCUUCAGCGCUGGCUCCUCCCUGGUGCAGCACCAGCGCAUCCACACGGGCGAGCGCCCCUUCCCCUGCCCCGACUGCGGCAAGCGCUUCCUGCGGGCCCCAGACCUGGCGCUGCACCAGCGCAUCCACACGGGCGAGCGCCCCUUCCCCUGCCCCGACUGCGGCCGGCGCUUCAUCCGUGGCCCCGACCUGGCGCUGCACCGGCGCACCCACACUGGGGAGCGCCCCUACCAGUGCAGCCAGUGUGGGCGCCGGUUCAGCCGCGGGCCCGGCCUCCUGCUCCACCAGCGCACGCACACCGGGGAGCGCCCCUACCAGUGCACCCAGUGCGGCCGCCGCUUUAGCCGCAGGUCCAACCUGGGCCGCCACCUGGCCACCCACAGCAUGCUGCGGGGGGACCCCACCCCAGGGGGAGAGCCCAGUGCAGAGACCCUCAGGCAACAGGGAAUCCCUGCGGAGGGGGAGGAGUCCCCAGGGCUAAAGGGGCGGAGCUCAGAGGCUGUGACCCAGCAGGGAAUCCCUGCAGAGGGGGAGGAGUCCCAAGGGCUGAAGGGGCGGAGCUCAGAGGCUGUGACCCAACAGGGAAUCCCUGCAGAGUGGGAGGAGUUCCAAGGGUUGAAGGGGCGGAGCUCAGAGGCUGUGACCGAGCAGGGAAUCCCUGCAGAGGGGGCGGAGUCCCAAGGGCUGAAGGGGUGGAGCCCAGGCUCCCUGGUGGCUCCCCUGGGGAAGCGCCACGGCUGCCCGGACUGUGGAAAGGGCUUUGCUCAGCGCUCACACCUGCUGGUUCACCGGCGGGUGCACACCGGGGAGCGCCCCUUUCCCUGCCCAGAGUGCGGCAAGCGCUUCAGGCAGAGCUCGGUGCUGGCCCGCCACCGGCGCACCCACACAGGCGAGCGCCCCUUCGCCUGCGGGGACUGUGGCCGGUGCUUUGCGGAGAGCGCAGUGCUGCUCCGGCACCGGGCCGUGCACUCCGGCGAGCGCCCCUACUGUUGCAUGGACUGCGGCCGGAGCUUCAGCCUCCGUGCCAACCUCCUCCAGCACCGGCGGCUCCAUGCCCGGCGCCCCCACGUCUGCACUGACUGCAGCAAGGCCUUCAGCGAGGCCGCAGCUCUGGCCGCCCACCGCGGAACCCGGCAUGGGGCCGGCAAGCCCUUCGUCUGCACCGGCUGUGGCAAGCACUUUGGUCGCAGCUCCACGCUGGCUCGGCACCGGCGCAUCCACGCUGAGCGGCCCCACGAAUGCACCCGCUGUGGCCGCAGAUUUGGGGAGAGCGCUGAGCUGGCGCAGCACCUGCGAGUGCACAGUGAGACCCCCUACGAGUGCGCCCGAUGCGGGGAGCGCUUUGCCCAGAGCCACGCACUGAUCGCACACCAGACCUUCCACGCUGAGCCAAGCCAUGGACAGCGCCACACUGCCCAUGCCCACCAGUCCCCCCUCGCCAAGCAUGGGGACAGCGUCCUGCCCAAGUCCCCAGCUUUGUCCCACCAGAGACUCCACACGGGAUAGGAGCCAGGACAGAGCCCCGGACUCCUGGCUCCCAGCGCCCCCCCAACCCAUUAGACCCCAUGCCCCUCCUAGAGCCAGGGAUAGAACCCAGGAGUCCUGGCUUCCAGCCCCCCCAUGCUCUGACCCACUAGACCAGGGGUGGGCAAACUACAUCCUGGGGGCCGCAUCCAGCCCUUCAGGUGUUUUAAUCCAUCCCUCGAGCUCCAGCCAGGGAGCGGGGUUGGGGGUUUGCCCUGCUCUGCGUGUGCUGUGGCUCCACGCGGCUCCCUGAAGCAGCCGAUGUCUCCUACACGUAGGGGCAGCCGGGGGCUCUACACGCUGCCCCUGCCCCAAGCGCUGCCCCGCAGCUUCCAUUGGCUGGGAACAGGCCAAUGGGAGC